AUGAAGACAGCCAACCACACAGAGGUGACAGACUUUGUUUUCCAAGGUUUCUCCAACUUCCAAGAAUAUGAACUCAUACUCUUCGCUGUGUUUCUGAUCGUGUACAUCCUAACUCUGGUUGGCAAUGUCAUCACUGUGACUUUUAUCCGUAUCAACCAUCACCUCCGCACCCCCAUGUACUUAAGUGUUCUUUCCGCAUCAGAGACUUUCUACUCCCUGGUCAUUAUCCCACGCAUGCUUUCCGGCCUCAUAGGUCUGAGCCAAUCCAUCUCCCUGGUGGGCUGUGGGACUCAGCUCUUUUUCUUCCUUGGCUUUGCCAUCACCAACUGCUUCCUGCUAGCAGUAAUGGGGUUUGAUCGCUAUGUGGUCAUCUGCAACCCACUUCGUUACUCAAUCAUCAUGAAUUGGAGGGUCUGUACCAUCCUGGCAUCCUCGGUCUGUGCCUCAGCAUUCUUGCUCACUCUGAUUCAGGCUGUGGCCAUUUUCAGACUGCCAAUGGAGAGAGAGAAUCACACUUGGGUGAGGGAGUUCACUUUUCAGGGUUUCUCCAGCUUCCGUGAGCACCAGCUCACCCUGUUUGUCGUAUUCCUUGUGCUGUACGCCUUAACCCUGGCUGGCAACGUCAUCAUUGUGACCAUCAUUAAUGUUGACCGUCAUCUUCACACGCCCAUGUACUUCUUCCUGAGCAUGUUGUCCACUUCAGAGACUGUGUACACGCUUGUCAUCAUACCCAAGAUGCUCUGUAACCUCCUGGGCCUGAGUCAGCCCAUCUCCUUGGCUGGCUGUGCCACCCAGAUGUUCUUCUUCAUCACCUUGGCCAUCAACAACUGCUUCCUGCUCACGGCCAUGGGGUACGACCGCUACGUGGCCAUCUGCAAUCCCUUGAGGUACACAGUCCUCAUGAACAAGAGGGUGUGCAUCCAGUUGGUGGGGGGGCCCUGCAGCAUUGGCCUAAUCAUAGCCAUGACCCAGGUGCUGGCUGUGUUCAGGUUGCCCUUCUGUGCCACAAAGGUGGCCCACUUCUUCUGUGACAUCCGACCUGUGAUGAAGCUCUCCUGCAUUGACACCACAGUCAAUGAGAUCCUGACUGUGAUCAUCAGUGUGCUGGUGAUCCUGGUUCCCAUGGGGCUGGUCUUCAUCUCCUAUGUCCUCAUCAUCUCCACCAUCCUCAAGAUCGCCUCUGCCCAGGGCCGGAAGAAGGCCUUCGCCACCUGCGCCUCCCACCUCACGGUGGUUAUCAUCCAUUAUGGCUGUGCCUCCAUUGCCUACCUCAAGCCCAAGUCCAAAAAUACCAGGGAUCAGGAUCAGCUGAUCUCAGUGACCUACACAGUCAUCACUCCCCUGCUGAACCCUGUAGUGUACACCCUGAGGAACAAGGAGGUCAAGGAUGCUCUGCUCCGGGCCACUGGCAGGAAUUCUUCCUGA